AUGUCAACGGACGAUAUAGAAAAGCUCGUCGCUGAUCUGCAGGGCGCGUUUUCGGAGGCCUCCUCCGACCCCCGCGCCGUGGCGCCAUGUGCUGGCAUCUUGAACAAGAUCAAGGAGCGGCUGACGCAGUGCCAUCUCAAGGGCUUCAGCGGCGAUGCUCGCUUCCUGUCGCUGGCGCGCGAGGCGUACGAGAUCGGCGCUUUGCUGUCGUUGCAGCUCGGCGACGUGGGUAGCUUCGACUGCUACUACUCGUAUCUUCAUCCGUUUUACUUCGACUACACAGGGGUCGUCCAGCGUAGCGAGCGUACGGACGUGGUCCUGGGCCUCCGUAUGCUGCACCUGCUGACGGAGAAUCGCAUCGGUGACUUUUACAUGCUGCUGGAGCUUCUGCCGGCCGACAUUCGCGCCAGCCGUAACAUCCAGUACGUGGUGGAGCUGGAGCGCAGCAUGAUGGAGGGCAAGCUGACCCGGCUGAUUGACGUGCGGCAGACGGCGCCCUCCGCCUACUACUGGUCGUUGGCGGACAAGCUGGCCGACACCGCGCGGAACAAGAUCGCGGCUGCGAUGGAGAUCGCGUACCCCAGCUUGGGCAUGGCGGAUGCAGCUGCGAUGCUGAAACUGCGUGACGUGAACGAACUUGCGUCCUUCAUGAACCACUACAACAAGUCCAGGAAGACGGACGAUUCACGUGCUGUUCAGUGGCGCAUUGAGGGAGACCGCGUCUGCUUCGUCAGCGAGGCGCCCGUGCGCGGCAGCGUGCCUUCUAAGGAGAUGCUGGCGUACUCGCUGGGCUACAUCGAGGAGCUGGAGAAGAUCGUAUGA